AUGAGAAUUUUAUUUCCACAAGGAUUAUUUAUAAUACCCUACACACCCCUGGGGCUAGUACUUAUGAUUCUACGUCUGGUGAUUUUCGGGCAUGCUCUCCUAGCUUCAUGGGUCUUAUCACAGUUCGAAUUUCUACGAAGGCUUGUAUUGCGCUCUAUGUGCACUGUGCUGGGAUUUGUAGUAUCUAUCGAUGAUGGAUUUCGUACGGACUACAAUACCUGCAUGCCUCUCGUAUCCAACCAUGUAUCGUUAUUUGACCAUUUAGUAUUAUGUCUUUCGGAAGAUUGCAUCACACCGAAUACAAAUGUUUUUCACUGGAGAUCCAUAUCUCAUUGUAAGGAGAAAGUAAUUCCUGUUUCCGAAUUUAUUCUUCGGUGUGUACGAGAUUAUCACCAACCUGUACAUCUCCUUCCUGAAAAUGCGCCAACUGGUACUACUGAUUGCCUUUUCAAGUUUGACCACAAGAUGUUUGCUAAUGUAGACAAAGUUCAACCUGUAGCAAUUAAGGUACAUCGAAUCUUCCCUAUCAAGCUGGUUGUUCACCCUAUUUCUAAAUUGACAGAGUUGUUAUGGCAGUUAUUCACACCUUUCACGUAUUACAAUAUCAAAUACUUACCACCUGUUUGUCGUAUACCUGAUGAAGCGGAUGCGGAUUUCUGCGAAAGAGUUCGUUGUGCUAUCGCCAGAUCACUUGGAGCCACUGUUAGUUCAAUAAGCGCUGAGCAUCUUGCUGAUUACUCUGGAACAGAAUCACAGAUAACAUCUCUUCCAAACGUUCGCUCUCCUGCAGUGUCCAGUGCGUCAACAACACCUCGAAGUUUAUCUCUAUCCAGAAAGCAUUCUACCGGUUCGUCAAGUGAAACACUUUCGUCUCCGAACUCUUCACGUGAUGGAGUUCGUUUCCGUGCAGUUGGUAAAUCAAAUCAUGAAACCGAUGAAAAUUCAGAUUUUGCUUUUGAACAUCUGGUACCCAGAAUUAGUGAGAUUCUUCGUGAUGUUCCUGUGUGCCGUAUCCGUGAAGCGCUUGUGUGUACUCAUGGUGACGUGGAAUCAGCGAUUAGUUCACUUUUAGAAAACUCAAAUGAAUUUGGCUCUCAACGAAAUGUAAACGGCCUUAGUGGUGAAGCAGGUAUUUUAUCUCCAAGUAGGCUUAACGUUGCUGCUCCACAAUUCCUACCAAGUUCUAAUGCGCGUCAGUUAAGCCUAAAUGAACGUCGUGAAGCUCUUUUGUCUCAUGCACGUCAGUUAUUUCUCACCCGUCAACGGCAAUCCACUUAACCCAAGGGGUUAUGGGACAUACGGUUUAACCAACUUUUAAGCUUACAUGUGCUGUGAUCCUUGUCUUAACGUUUUUCAGAUGAACUUGUCAUGAAUUUACGUGUUUAUGUUGAAG